AUGUAUUCUAUUUACAUUUCCCUCUCAAAUAUUGAUGGUCGAUGUUUGGAAUCUACUUUGCCUGAUUCAAGUGUCAGGCAACAAAGAGUUUUACGAUUUCUUGCCAUUAAUUGGAUCAGAUAUACGAAUUCAGAUAUCGCAGAGGCCUAUAGUGAUGAUGACGACACCACCCCAAGUGGAGACAACUGUCCCUCCAGGUUCUGGCUCGGACGAGGACAAAUACGUUCCAAGAUUUCUGAUAACAAGUCGGGCGGUGAGGAUGGUAGCGCAGAUGGCGGUUGUGAUCGAGCCGAAGUGAGUAGGAUAUUUGUGCAGUGUGAAAAGAAUCGUCCAAAGAUUGUAACUGACUUCGGGUGUUCUCUCAGGAGUUCUGAUGGUAAACAUUCUUUGAUUGAGGUAGAUUGGUCUGGACUAGGUUGGAAGGCUGGAUUCAGAAACCAUGACGUAAUCAAGAUAGUGAAUGGUGCAAAGGUGAAGGGUGUUGGCCAUCGAUCUCUUCUUACUCAUCUACAAAAACUUGGAAGAACGUGUACUAUGCUAAUCAAGCGUAAAGUGGAGAACAAGAAGCAUUUCUAUUGGAUAGCUUUUAAAGUUGGAGUGGAGGCAGGCGAUGAACCCAUUAUAGCCAAAAAGGCAAGACAAAGUGCUGGUCAACAUAUCCAGUCGGUCGAUGAGUUCGAGUCGAUGUUGCCGGCUUGGGCCAAAUGGUUCUCUAAAUCAUUUCCAGUACAGCAUCAAUGUUGCCAGCCUAUUAUGAUACAGGUGGAACCGAAAGAAGGAUCAGUUUUUAAUCUUGGAUACUUUGCCACUCUUGGUAGUAUUGAACCGGAAUUCACAAAAGAACCAUUUCGAUUGAACAUGCAUAUAUAUGAAUCAAUACAUGACAAUGUAAAAGAACAGAUUGUUGCAUUUUCUGCCAUACCUAAACGAAGAGCACCCGACCUCGGUGGUACAGGCUGCCUCGAUAUGAGUGAUGAUGACGACGACGACGACAACCACGUCCACGAGGAUGUUGACGACACUGAGAAAGAAGUCUGCCUGUCUGGCGAUAGCGAGGGGCCAUUGAAGCUAGUCCCCCUUGAAGAUUUCAUGACUGGUACGAGGAAGAUUAUUCUUAACUCGGAGAUGUUUGGUCGUUUGUUGUGCUCUGAUGGAUCAUUCUCGAUAUCUACUUUAAAUGAAAAAGAAAAGUUAUACGUGUAUUACUCGAAUGCCAAGGUAUAUCUUGGAGAAAAGGGUUCUACUUUCACUGAAGGCGACCUGGAAGGCCAACUGUAAAAGUGCUGUCGUCACAUUAGUCAGGCUUAUACCAUACGGUAGACACAAUUUCGAUAAUACAAAUACUAUUAUCCCAGAAAAUGAAAUCACAUAAAUAUGCAUGGAUUGAUUCAUUUCUAUAUUUCUUUAUUUAUUAUUAUUAUUCUAUAUAUCAUUAU